AUGUCAUCUUCAGAUGGAGGUCCAAUUGGAUAUACACCCCCAGAUGGAGGCUGGGGUUGGGCAGUGGUAGUUGGUGCUUUCAUUUCUAUUGGCUUCUCUUGUGCAUUUGGAAAAUCUGUUUCUAUCUUUUACAAAGAAAUUGAAGGUAUAUUCAAUGCCAGCACCAGUGACGUAUCCUGGAUUUCCUCCAUCAUGUUUGCUGUCAUGUAUGCUGGAGGUCCUAUCAGUAGUAUCCUGGUGAAUAAGUAUGGCAGCCGCCCAGUCAUGAUUGCUGGUGGUUGCUUGUCGAGCUGUGGCCUCAUUGUGGCUUCUUUCUGUAACACUGUACAGAAACUUUACUUGUGUAUUGGAGUCAUUGGAGGUCUUGGGCUUGCAUUCAACUUGAACCCAGCUCUGACUAUGAUUGGCAAGUAUUUCUAUAAGAAGCGACCAUUGGCCAAUGGACUGGCCAUGGCAGGCAGCCCUGUGCUCCUUGCUACACUGGCUCCUCUCAAUCAGACUCUCUUUGAUAUCUUUGGCUUGAGAGGAAGCUUCCUUAUUCUUGGGAGCCUCCUACUACACUGCUGUAUAGCAGGAUCCCUGAUGCGACCAAUAGAGCCCAAGCCAACCCACACAAAGAAAACUAGGUCCAAAGAAUCUCUUCAGGAAGCUGGAAAUUCUUGUGCAAAGAAAGAUACAGAUGAUGCAAAUGCAACGUGUCAUCGUGUGACCCUGGAAGAGGAGAAGCUAUCAGUCUUCCAGACAGUUAACCAAGUGCUGGAUUUGUCACUGUUCACCCACAGAGGCUUUGUUCUGUAUCUCUCUGGUAAUAUGAUAAUGGCUUUUGCACUGGGUGCACCCUUAGUCUUUCUUAAUAGUUAUGCCAAGAGUCAACAUUAUGCUAGUGAGAAGGCUGCCUUCCUUCUCUCUAUUUUGUCUUUUGUGGAUAUUAUAGCCAGACCUUCUAUGGGAAUCGUAGCCAACACAAAGUGGGUAAGACCCAAAAUCCAAUAUUUUUUGGCUGCUUCUGUUAUAGCAAAUGGCAUGUGUCAUAUGAUACUACCUUUAUCCUCCAGCUACAUUGGGUUCUGUGUCUAUGCGGGAUUCCUUGGCUUUGCCUUUGGGUGGCUCAGCUCCAUAUUGUUUGAAACACUGAUGGACCUCGUUGGACCCCAGAGAUUUUCCAGCGCAGUGGGCUUGGUGACCAUCAUGCAAUGCUGCCCUAUCCUUUUAGGGACACCACUUUUAGGCCGUCUAAAUGACAUAUACGGAGAGUACAAAUACAUGUACUGGGCAUGCGGUGGCAUCCUAGUUGUUGCUGGGGUCUAUCUCUUCAUUGGCAUGGGCAUCAAUUAUAAACAUAUGGAGAAAGAGCAGAAAGCACCGGAGAAGCCGAAAGGGGAAGGCAAAGAGGAAGAGACCAGUGCAAGUGUUGACAAGAAGCCAAAAGAAAUCACUAAAGCAGCAGCAUGUACAGAACAGAAAGGCCCCAAGGAGAAGCAUCUGGUCUGGAACCGUGCAUGA